UUCUGGCAUUCGCAUACUUCGGAUAUUGUUAUUCUCGACAAUGCCAUCAUGGUGAAGCGGGUGAGGGUGGGAGGUGAUUUGGUUAUUAUAAAGAGUAAAUGAGGGAAGGGAACUUAACAGACCAAAAGGGGGCGAUCUUAAUUCACCUAAUAGUCCUUCGUCUUCAUUUCCCCUCUUUUUCCUCCCACUCUCUUCCUCUCCAGUCUCCAUGCCGACCACAACUCUGCACCAGUUCUCGCAAUCUUUCAUUUGAUUUAAAGAAAAAAGGGAUAGAAAUCUCGAAACAACCAAAAUGCUGUGCUCGAUCUCGACCUCGAGGUCGAGCUCCAACUGGCUCGAUCGCCUCCAUACCUCCAAGGGCUUCUCUAUCCCCGCCGACCUCGAUCUCGACCACUUCCUCUCCUCCAACCCUAACCCUGACCCCAACACGAAUUCUUGCUUUCCUCCUCUUCCUCCUCCUGAGACUCGGCCCUCCGAUGCGUGGCGGAGGCAGCCGCAUCCGUCGCCACCGGUCUCCGCCGCGGGGAACAAAACUGCCGGCGGGAAGGAGCAGAUUUUCGAUCUGAUGGGCUCCGCCUUGGCGGAGCUCUUCAUCAUGGGGGAUGGCUCCGCCCCCGCAACCCUAAGGGCGAGCAAGAAGAGCGCCCGGAAGCAGCCCAACCCUAAGGCCUGCGUCCCUUCCAUCUCGGCGAGUAUCGGCGGCAACUUCUUGGCCGGGGCGCCGGCGGCUUGCCGCGUUACUCCGGCGACUUCGCCGUCGAGCGCUGAGAACAGCGUCGCGGAGGCCAAGAAGAGCCGGACGAAGGCAAGAAGGAAGCGGGGGACGGCAGGAAGUCCUGUCGAGUCGGAUUUGUCGACGUACUCGAAGACGGAGGUGACGGUUAUCGACACGAGCUCCCCAGGUUGGAAGUCGGAGAAGCUCAUCUUUAGGAAGGGGAUCGUGUGGAAGGUCCGGGAUAAGAAACUAUGGAAUGUAUGCAGGAAGAAGAGGAAGCUGGGUCUGGUGGAGAGAUUGAUCAGUGAGAAGGAGAAGGAGCAGCCGUUGAUUGACAUGAAAGUUCCGGCCGGGAAGGAGCAUUCAAGAUCAGUAGAUGAGGGAGGAGCUCAUGCUGAAAAGAGAGAUGCUUCAAAUGAGUCUGAUGAUCAAAUUCAAAUCCCUAAAAGAAAGCCAAAAUUUUCAAGAUCACCGCGUGUUCCAGCAGCCAAAGAUUCUUCUGUUUACUGUUUACAAGUUAGUACAAGCAGGAAAAAUGGCUUGUCAUGUCCCAGAGGUACUCCAAAAGGAUUAUGAGACUGAAGUGUUUUUGGGAGAUUACCAUUAGGAGGGUUUUGGAGAGCAAUUCUUUGUUUUCUGCAUCUUGAAGAAAUGCAGACUGCUCUCUGCAGGAAAAUGUAUGAGCAAGGUGGUUCAUGAAUCACUCGUUUCAUUAGCUCUAAACUAGUAGCAAGGCAUGAGAAGCUGUUCAUUGCCUCAAAGCAGUGGAUUUUGAGCGAAUUCAUUUCACAAAAAUGUCAGGAGUGUCAAAGCUAUGACAUAUGCCUGUUCUGGAUCACAUUCAUCCAUUUAAUGCCCAUUUUCUAUGAAUUAUCAGGCUGUUUCAAGUUUUUAGGUCAGCUGACUUGGUCAUUGUGGUGCUUCAUGCCUAAUCGUCGUUUUCUCUUUUUUUCUUCUGUUUUGGAUUAAGGGGAUGCCAUUGAUUUUCAUCUACAGAUCCUGACUUUAGACCUAGUAUGAGUAACUCCAUUAGUGAUCACUGAGCUUCUGGACAUUGCUUCCUUAUCCUAAAGGAAUUUUUAAGUAGCGAGAUGUCACGAUUCUGU